UGUUCUAUUUUAGAAAAAAUAUUUUUUGGCCCUUUUCUUUUUUCAAAAAAUUCAUAUACAGAGUGAGAGUUCAUCACUUGUUUAAGAAAAUAGCAAUAGGGUUUUAACAUAAAAUACAAAUUAAUUCUCAAGUAUUCAAAGUCACCGCUACACCUAAAUCUCAAUGACGCGAUUCUAGUAGAUGAACAUAUCCGCCAUUUUUGUUCGAUUAAUUUGCGUCAUCAGCUGCAGCAAAUCUUGAAUAGGGUUGUGGAAAUGGCAGCCCUAAUCUACCAGAUCUUCUCAUCGGCGGCGCUGCUGGCGCAGGGGUUCUACCACCUCAUCUCCGCCACCAGAAACCACCUCAAAUUCCCCGCCGAUUACGUCGCCAAACCCUACCAUCCCCUCCCCUUCACCGCCGCCGCCGCCGCCCACCACCACCACCACCGGUGGCGGCAUCUGCAGCUCUACCUCAUCAUCCUCUGCCUCAUCAUCGCAAUCAUCCACCAGCUCAUCGUCUCCUCCGACGCCGAUCCACUCGUCAAAGGCCGCACCGCCGUCUACCUCUUCACCUCCCUCCAAUCCGCCGCAUUGCUCUUCGCCUUCCUCCUCCUCGCCCUCGCCCUCCUCCUCUCCGACGCCACGUCGCUCCUCCCUCUCCCGCUGGAUCUCUUCUUUGCCGUCGCCUCCACGCUCUUCUUCCUCGAUUAUUCCCUCCUCUCGUCCUCCGCCGCCGUGCAGACCUCUGAUCUCCAGGCCAAAUGCACCUCCACCUCCGCUGGCAUCUCCGCGCUCUCCUCCGCCUUGUGCCUGGCCCUCGCCUGCCAGCCGAAACUGUUCGUGGCUGACGCCGCCCUCGGUGCCUCCUUCUGUUUACAGGGGCUAUGGGCGCUGCAGACCGGCCUCUCGCUCUACGUCGACGCCUUCAUCCCGGAGGGCUGCCACAAGCUCUUAGAUGUGGUGAGCGGCGUCGACGGAUCGACCAAGUGCGAUUUGGACGACUCCAAGCUGAGGGCGGUCGCGAUUCUCGACCUCAUUUUUGUUCUUCACGUCGUCUUAGUGCUUGUUAUCUUCCUCGUGGUCUACACUGUUGUUGCCAAGACUCUCGGCGUCCGUACCAGAUUGGGAUCGUAUGAAGCAUUGCCAAAUACUUCCCUCGAUCCGAAUCACAUCCAAUUGAAAGCUAUGACCGGCACCCAGGCGUAAACAAUUUAGGUGUUCCUUGUUUUGUGGGGAGCAAGAGAGGAAAGGUUCCUGGUGAGGAAGUAAAGAUAUGAUGCAAAAUUAAGUGAUUGUUGGUUCUAAAUGCCAGGCCGCAAAACAAAGCAUUUCCUUAUUUUGGACGUAUAAUCCUUCGAUUCCUUCCUAAUUCUUAUUAAACUGGAUGAUUUGUUAGAAAAAUGAGCCCUAUUCAUCCAAGAUGGCCAACUUUUUAGGGUGUAACUCAUGAAGGAGGGCAGACCAGCAUGAUGACCAAAGAUACAGGGGAUUAACCUUAAAAGUUUGUUUUAUAGAGUUCAUCAUGUUUAGUCACAGAGAUGAAGUCCUGUCAAUGGAAUUCAGAAAUUGAACUCCUAAUAACCGAUGAUUUAUGUAAGUAGAAACUGUUGUUAAUUGUCACUUGUCAGUUCUCUAUUUAGGGCAGUCAUAAACCACAGAGUAAACUUGGUAAUUUCAUUCCAUUUAAUGUUUGAGGUUAUUAGAUGUGGGUCGAAAGGCUUUAUUUGAUCCAUUGUUAUUGGUUUUCAACGCUGUAUACACCAUCCUGAACCUCUAUCGUUAUCAUGCUGCGUUAGUUUCCCUUUUCUGUCUCAUUUUGAACAAGUAGUGAUAAGUUCAGGGGAAUGAUAUUGAUGGUGCCUUCUCCUUCAAAUGUGACUCGUCUCUUGUUUUUCUAAGGGAACAAAUAUUGGAUGCUGAUGGUGAAUUGUCUUUGUAAGUUAAGAGCUUCCUCUUUAAUAUAUGUUGUGAUGAAUAAUGCAGGUUAGUUCAUGAAACAGAUUGGUGAAAUUACUCAGCAAUGCUUUUGGAGGUCCCAAUUUGGUGUAAUGUAUGAUUGAGAAAAGCUGUGUUACCCUCGGAAUACAUUUUGUGCGUGUAUAGUACACAAUUACAUCAUAUUUGUUGAUUUAUGAAUUAUGAUGUUGCUGCUCAUCUCUGUCCAACAUAUUAGCCUAUACUAGUCUAGAUUUUGGGUAAAUGUACGUUUCUAAGUUCUAACCUAUAUUUCAGUGCAUUACAAAAAUAUCACAUCCAUCCUUCAACGAUGUAUAA